AUGGGAGAAAGAGAUCGAGGUUCAAGAGAUUCUAGCUACAAAAGAGAUCGUAGUCGCUCACCCACACGACGUCGACACUCUUCUCCAUCUAAUGAUAGUAGACGAUCCAGAUCUGUAAAAAGCCAAAGCUCUCAUCGCCAUUCUGAACAGCGCUCUCGAGAUCUAGCUCACGCUCGAGAUCUCCUCGCCAAAAUCACAGAGACGAGCGACAGAGAUCACGUCGCUCUCAUAGCAAUCAUUCGAGAAGUCAUUCAGCGAGCUCUUAUGAUAGCAGCACAAGUGGAAGCGAAUCUGAUCAAGGUAGAAAAGAAAAUGACAAAGACAAAGACAAGAAAAAAGAAGCUAUGCUUAUACAGGAUAUUAGACGAGAGAGACUCCAAGAGAAAGUCCAAAAAAAGUAAAAGUAAAGACAAGAGUAGAAGCAAGAGUAAGAAUAAAGACAAGAAAAAGUUUUAUAUAAAGCGAAAAAGCAAGAGGAGAAGCAGUUUGAGUGACGAUGAUAGUAACCCUCGUAGUGCAAUUACUGGUAAAAAGCUCAAACUGAAGAUUCGCAAAACUGCUGACGAUAAGGAAAGAGAUCAAAACAGAUCUCAUUUACUGGACUUCUUGAACUCGGCUUUCUGA